AUGAAAGAAUAUAACAAAUACGCUGAGCGAGAACAACGGAGACCGAGAGCGAGAGCGAGCAAGCGAGAGAGAGAGAGAGAGAGAGAGAGAGAGAGAGAGAGAGAGAGAGAGAGAGAGAGAGAGAGAGAGAGAGAGAGAGAGAGAGAGAGAGAGAGAGAGAGAAUGAGAGAGAGAGAACGAGAGAGAGAGAACGAGAAAGAGAGAACAAGAGAACGAGGAUUAGAGAGAGAGAACGGAGACACGGGUGCAGAUGAUGGGGCCGUAUACAGACUCCUACGUCCUCUGCCGCUGGCUAGCUCGGUGCGAGGCAGACCUACCAAGUGA